AGCCCUCAAAUUAACUUGCCAUGCUCAGCCGCUUCCCUCCUUCUUCCUCCUCUCUCCUCGAAAUUUUAACUGAACAACUACCAAACCCUUUUGUAAAUUAGGGUUUUAUUAUUUGUGACUAUUUUUUUCCGUUGCAUUGUACUUGGCUUUAAUGGCUGGUCCCAAACUCAGUGGUAAGAAAUUAGGGAAAACCCCUACAAAAAAGAAGCAAAAAAAGGAAGCUUUACCACCCAAGCAAGUGGAAAAAGAGGAACUUUUUAGUGACAGUGAAGGAACUGAUGAGGAUUUUCAAGAAAAAAAUGAUGAUAAAGAAGUAAAUUCAGAUUCUGAUAUGUCUUCUGAUGUGGAUGAUGACCCUUUUGCUGCUGAUAUAUUAGCAGCUGAUGAUGAUGAUGAUGGUUCAGAUGCUCGUUCGGAUUCAGACGUCGAUUCUGAUUCAGAUGGAGAUGAUACUGAUCUUGUAAAGAAGUCAAAAGCUAUUGAUGAUGAAAAGGAAAGAGAAGAGAAGGAAGGUGAUGAAGAACUGCAGCUCAAUAUUAAAGAAGAAGCUGAUGAUUUCAGGCUGCCAGCAGCUGAGGAGCUUGAAGAAGAAACGCAUAGACCCCCUGAUCUCUCCAACCUCCAAAGGAGGAUAAAAGAGAUUGUUAGAGUGCUUUCAAAUUUGAAGUCACUGAGGCAAGAAGGUGCGACACGUAAGGAUUACAUUGAUCAACUUAAAAGGGACUUGGGUUCAUAUUAUGGAUACAAUGAGUUUCUGAUUGAUGCAUUAGUGGAGUUGUUUCCUCCUGUUGAGCUGAUUGAACUUAUAGAAGCAUUUGAAAAGCCUCGACCGAUCUCUCUACGGACAAACACUUUAAAGACCCGCAGACGGGAUUUAGCUGGUGUUCUUCUUAACAGAGGUGUGAAUUUGGACCCAUUAAGCAAAUGGUCGAAGGUUGGACUAGUUGUAUAUGAUUCUCAAGUUCCAGUUGGUGCCACUCCUGAGUAUAUGGCUGGUCAUUACAUGCUCCAAAGUGCGAGCUCUUUUCUACCUGUAAUGGCUCUUGCACCUCAGGAGAAUGAACGUGUCAUUGAUAUGGCUGCUGCUCCUGGAGGUAAAACAACUUAUGUUGCUGCGCUGAUGAAAAAUAGUGGUAUUAUUUAUGCAAAUGAGAUGAAGGAGUCAAGACUUAAAUCGCUCACUGCUAAUUUACAUCGCAUGGGGGUAACAAACACCAUUGUCUGCAACUAUGAUGGAAGACAGUUGCCUAAAGUUUUGGGUCAGAAUACUGCUGAUAGGAUUUUGCUGGAUGCUCCCUGUAGUGGUACUGGGGUAAUCUCCAAGGAUGAGUCUGUUAAAACUUCCAAAACUGCGCCUGAUAUUCAAAAUUGCUCACAACUGCAGAAGGAACUAAUACUUGCAGCAAUUGACAUGGUUGAUGCCAACUCAAAAUCAGGUGGAUACAUAGUGUAUUCGACCUGCUCCAUUAUGGUUGAUGAGAAUGAAGCAGUUAUAGAUUAUGCACUCAAGAAGAGAGAUGUUAAGCUUGUGCCGUGUGGACUUGAUUUUGGGAGGCCUGGAUUUAUCCGCUUUAGGCAGCACCGUUUCCACACAUCUUUGGACAAGACAAGGCGAUUCUAUCCUCAUGUGCAUAACAUGGACGGGUUCUUUGUAGCCAAGUUGAAAAAGAUGAGCAACUCCAAGUCUGCAAAAUCGUCCGUGCAGUCUGAAGAAAUACAAGGUGUUGAAAGCAUUGAGAGCAGUGACCAGCAGAACACUGAAGGGGGCGAUGACAAGCAUUCAGAGCAAGAAGGCAUUGCAGACGAGAAUGGGAAAUUGAAAGAAGAAGUAGCGGUUGAUAAAAAGAGGAAGAGGGAUGUCCAAAAACAUUCAGUUAAGAAAGGCGUCGGACAAAACAGCAGUGUAACUAAAACUGGGAAGGCAGAAAACCAAUUGGUGGCAACAAAAAAGAGGGAAAAGAAGAAACCGCCUCCUAGAGAGGAAAUCGCAAAAGCUAGGGAAGAGAAGAGGCAAGCUCUUAGGGAAGCAACGCGAAUAGCCAUGAUGAAGAAAAAAUGAGGUCUCUGCAACUUUGGGCGGAGAGGGGGAGGGGUGAGGUGGUGAUACACCAAGGAUAUUUUGUCAGAGUCGACAUGAGCGGAAACAGAACUUGAGCUGCUCUCUGGUGAUGUUAUCAAGCUUACCUCACAUAUUAUUCGCACUUGCCGCCUAGUGGUCAUGUAUGGUUUGCUAUAGAAAAAUGAAAGUUAGGAUUCAUGGUUGCACGAAUCCAAAAAUUUUGUGUUUAUACUUUUAAUUUAUUUGGGAGUGAGCAAUGAAAAUUAUAAAAGGAAAAAGGUGAGUAGUUUGUAUUCCA